AUGUCAUCUUUGAGUUACACAGAGAUGGUGGGUAUGGAAAUUAAAGUGAUCACUACACUUGACGAAGAACACAAAGGGAGAAUUUACACUAUUGACGAAGAUGCAAAUGUAGUCAUCCUUUAUAGAGGAAAUGAAAAUUCGAGAGAUUAUGUUUUUGUGAAUACAGAAUAUAUUAAAGAUAUAGUUGUGCUGGAUAGAGAACGCCACAGGGUUGAUACCGAAAUACCUUAUAUAGAUGUCAAUAGAUUUCUUGAAGACAUAAGCAGGCAAAUGGAAAAAGACUCACAAAAUGCAGGGCAAAUAAAUGAGUUGGCAAGUCCUGAAGGCCAGCAAAUCUUCAACGAAAUAUCUAGGACGUAUAAGUGUGACUGGGAUGGAGUUAAUAUAUACCUGGUUGACCUAGAUGUUAAGAUUUGUGCUCCAUAUAGCAGUGAGAAUGUUACAGGAAAUCCAAGUGCUGUGCAUAGAAUUUCAAAUGUGUUAAUUCAAACAAGAAGAAAGCUAAAUUUAGACUAA